UGGCUCUGCCGCGCGACAGUGUCUCACAAGCCACAAGACCCACAACAACCAGUCUUUAAGAGAGGACUGUUCGGUAACCUUAGCUUCCUCACCUUCCGCUCCAUGGCCUCUUCUUCACAGAACUCCAAGAAUGUCACAAGCAGCGCAAAGUUCAGCUUCUGCAUCUUCUUCUACUAGUCCGGUUGAUAGGGACACUGGAGCUACUGCUUCUCCUUCUUUUUCUUCUUCGAUCAAUAGGGAUUCGUCUGGCGCUGCUUCAUCGUCUUAUUCUCAUUUUCGCGAAGAAGGAGAUUACCAAUUUCAAGAGUUAGUUUCGGAGCAGCAUCAACACAUUGGUUUAUUUCGAGGAAAUUUGUUUGCCUUCGGUGAUGUUUCAGCGAUUAGUGAUGAUACUUGGUCCUGUGUCAUUGUCGUCCUCACCUUUUGGUUAUUCGUAUCAAUGGCUCUGAUUCUGGGAGUCUAUGGUUCUGUGAAUAUAGUCAUAGGACCCAAUUCCUCAGUUCUUCUUCAACCGAGUCCCUUAUAUGUGCAGUCUGUAAAGGUGGAAGAAGUGGAUGGUAAUAAUCCUGGGCUCAUGCUGUAUGGAUUUUAUAAACCUCCAUCACUUGAUGUCGUGAAGUCCUGGAUCAAAUCUGUUAAUGUAUCUGUUCUAGCUGAUUCUCACAAGGAGUUGAUAUAUUUCCUGAAUGAGGGAUCUCAAAUAAAUAUUUCAUACAGUGUGAACUCCCAUAGCUCCUCUAUUUUUCUUGUAAUUGCCCAAGGGAGUGAAGGCCUUACUCAAUGGCUUGCGGACCCAACAUAUCCGAACAUCACUUUGUCAUGGAAUGUGAUUCAUGGACAUGGUAUGAUCCAGCAGAAAAUACUGAAAUCUUCAACUUACUAUGUUGCAGCAGGUAACUUGAACUCAGAGGAUGUAGAGGUGCAGUUAAAUCUCAGUAUAAGUGCUUUCCUUUACAAUACAACUAAAGCUUAUUACAAAUGUACUUUCGAUGAUGGCAUAUGUGGCUUGAGCAUGUUGUUACCCAAUGGAAAUGUUGUUGUCUUAACGUCUCCUGGUUUAGAAGAGGAUUCACCAAGUAAUGAGUGGUAUGUCAAACUGACCUAUGGACCAAGAUGGGUAACAUAUAUUGUUGGCAUAGCUGCAAUGACUGUGCUUACAUUGUCAGCAUUCAACUUCUUGAACAAGUUACGAUGUAUUCAUGAAGAAGGAACUGGAGUUCAGUAUGGGGAGGCGGAACCUGUGAGAGCUCCUCUUCUUUCAUAUAAGGACGAUGAUCUCUCAAGUUGGGGCUCUUCUUAUGAUUCAGUCUCAAAUGAUGAGGAGGAUCUUGAAUAUUUUCUAGCAUCAGGUUCCUUGGAAGGUAAGUCAUCAAAAGAUGGUGAAAAUGACAAUAAUACACGGCGUCUUUGUGCAAUUUGCUUUGAUGCUCCAAGGGAUUGCUUCUUCCUCCCAUGUGGGCACUGUGUUGCCUGUUUUGCAUGUGGAACAAGGAUAGCGGAGGCUGCUGGUACAUGCCCUAUAUGUCGUAGGAAUAUGAAGAAGGUGAGAAAGAUUUUUACCGUCUAAGCAUUUAAGCAGCAUGACAUUAUUUGCAGUUACACCAUUACUUUCAUGCUAAUGGAUAUUGAUAGAGUUGCAUUGGUCUGGUAAAUCAUAGAUGGAAGGAGAUCAAACAUUGUCUUUAAAUUGUAAUGACCAUGCAUUUUUUCCCCAUUUGGCCCUCCAUCAUGUCACAUUGUACCUCGGUAUAGAACUUCAGAAUACAUGUGCUUAAGUUGACAUAAUUCAGAGGUGUAUAUGUUAUUAUGAUCAUUUGUUUUUAAA